GGCCAUGGGCACGGCGGGCGGCGGCGUCGCUGCGCUGCGGUUGCCCGGUCUGCACGGCUAUGCGGCGGAGUUCUCGCCGUACUGGCCUGGACGUGUGGCCUGCGCCGCCGGGCAGUACUAUGGCAUCGCAGGUUGUGGAACUCUGGUAGUGCUGGAACAAAAUGAAGCUGGGAUUGCUCUGCUGAGGAGUUUUGACUGGAAUGAUGGCCUGUUUGAUGUGACCUGGAGUGAGAAUAAUGAACAUAUAUUGAUCACUUCUAGUGGAGAUGGAUCGCUGCAAGUCUGGGAUACAGCUAAAACCAAAGGUCCACUGCAAGUCUAUAAAGAGCACACUCAGGAGGCAUAUAGUGUUGACUGGAGCCAAACUAGAGGAGAGCAGCUAGUCGUGUCUGGUUCAUGGGAUCAAACAGCCAAGCUGUGGGAUCCAGCUGUGGGGAAGUCACUAUGCACUUUUAAAGGCCAUGAAGGGAUCAUUUACAGCACUAUAUGGUCUCCACACAUCCCAGGUUGUUUUGCAUCUGCAUCAGGUGACCAGACUUUAAGAGUUUGGGAUGUGAAAGCCCCGGGAGUCAAAGUUGUGAUACCAGCCCACAAUGCUGAGAUCCUGAGCUGUGACUGGUGCAAAUACGAUGAGAACUUGCUGGUCACUGGUGCAGUUGACUGUAGCUUGAAAGGCUGGGAUUUGCGGAACAUCCGGCAACCAGUGUUCAUCUUACUUGGUCAUACUUACGCUAUCAGAAGAGUAAAGUUUUCACCAUUCCAUGCAACCUUAUUGGCCUCUUGCUCCUACGAUUUUUCUGUGAGAUUCUGGGACUUUUCCAAGCCUAACCCUUUACUGGAAACUGUCGAGCAUCAUACUGAAUUUACAUGUGGACUGGAUUUAAGUCUUCACAACUGUGGUCAGGUGGUGGACUGUGCUUGGGAUGAACUAGUCAAGAUCUAUACUCCAUCAUGUCUGGCAGUUCCUGUCUAGAGAAAAAGUGAAGAUGAUCUGACACACCGGGAACCUUUCAAUCUUCCAUACAAAUGGACUUGUGCUAAAGUGUCAACUAUGUCACUGAUCUUACUGUCUCUUUCUAAGUAAAGUUCUGCUUCAACAGAGCGUUGUGCACUUAAGCAUGUGGAGAUUUUAAGACUUGAUUUACUGUGCAGGUAGUGCUUGAGCCAGCAAAACAUUAAACAGCUACUGAAUGGCUGAAGAAUGACCGUAGCAGAUACAGGGUGGUGCCUUUACGGCAGAAUCAUCAGCACAAUUUGUGACCUAUCUGUCCAGUAGAGGUUUGGAUCUGCUUGAUCCUUGUAAAGAAUAAAAGUAACUGGCAGUGUAUUUUGUGAUGAUGUCACUGUAGAAAAGAAAAGAAAAAAAGAAAACAAAGAAAAAAAAGCAGGUUUUCACUGUAAAGUACAGUAACGUCAGCUGAAGUUUGUAUCACUCAGAUGCAUUUAUAUGUUUUGCUGUGACUCAUGUUGCAUUAUUUCUUGUGCAAUAUGAUGAAUACUCGAUAGACAGUAAAUGUCAUCAUCUGUAGUCAGCUGAUUUUUUUGAACUUUUUGAUUGCUGCUCCACAAAGAUGGUAAAGAUGGUUUUCAUGCAUUUUUUCCACAUGAUCUCCUUGAGUAAAACAGUUGGUGAAGUCAUGCUGAAAGGUAGUUCAUUGACAGCGAAAAUACUCGGGAAAAAGAUGGAAACUAUACAACACUAACUGAAUCACAAUCCUCAAGAUUUAGAUAGGACAACCAUCUCUUCUAUUAGACUGAUCUUCUAUUUUCACUUAGAAAUUUCACAAGAGAUAGAGGGGGAAUAUGGCCAUAUAUUCAGUGUUUCAGCACCUCUAACACCCUGGACAAAGUGAGAGCUGAUGUCCAGCACACUUGAACCUAGAUACGUGCAGUUUAACUGCAUGACAUAAGCAUAGCAGAUCCAAUAUGGCCAAGCUAUUAUACUUAAAAGAAUAUGCUCAACAUCUUAUAGGUAUUUUGAGUACUUUGCAUGCCCACUUUGACACCUCAGCCCACAUACUAGUAUUUUCAUCUCACUUUUCCUGGGGCUCCCUGUGCUUCUCCAGUCUCCUUUGAAUACUCUUUCAGGAUCCACCUGUGAUGCUCCUGCAGUUCUUAUUGGCAUAUGUUAGGCUUCUCUCUUGGUUUCCUCCUAGCCACUUUUUUUGGUUUGUUGGUGGUUGUUUCAGGGAUAUUUUGUACCUUCUUCAAGUUGGCUCCCUUCUGUUGUUACCCUAUGUCAACAAUCUUUACCAUCAAAAGACUUUUUGCAGAUCUUUGGUUAGGUUUUCUGUCUUCUGUUAAUGAACACCAUAUGGCUUUGGGCUGCAUCACUCAUAUAUCAAGCAAUAGCAGACACUGCCAGAUCUCCUGGAUGCUUUGAAGAAAUGAAGACUUCUGUAGACCUAAGACCUGGAAGUUGAAAGGAAAGAAUGAUUGUGCUAUAUUGGUGAGACAGGAAACUAGCAGAUAGCCACUGGGAAAUAUGCAUAUGUUAAUUUGGUGUUAGGGUGUCAUGGUUUAGCAAGGAGCAGCUUUUGCUUUGUAACAGGGUCAGGGGAUUGCAGUGAAGACCCACUAAAGAGUUUUUGGAGUCUCCCCUGGCUCCUGGGUUCAGACUCACCUCCAGCCAGACUGGGCCAAUCUGGUGCCUCUGUGAUCACUAUUUAGGGAUGGGAAUUUGAAGUGCUGGCAGGAGGUCUAAGAGUGAUACAAGAUGGAGGCAACCACGUGGACCCCACAGUCAGAGAAGGAAGAAGGAAGGAAGAGCACUAGACCAGAGACCCCUCUGCAAGCCAUGGUGAGAAUGCAGGCUGUACCCCUGCAACCCAUGGAGGGCAAUGGCAGGACUGAGAGCCACCAGCAGCUCCGAGUGAGUGCACACAGACAGGCGAGGGACUGUGUGGGGAGGCAGCCAUGGCACAGGCCGUGCUGGAGAGCCUGCGCGCCGCAGAGCAGCCCCACACGAGAGGCAGAGAGGAGCUGCAGCCUUUGGAAUAAGUGCAUGUCGGAGCAGCCCGUGCAGGGCUGCCGUGUGUGUGAGUUAACCACGGACUUGCAGGGAGGACUGGUGCGGAGCCCACCUGCCCUGAGGAGGGACAAAGGGCAGAAGCUAUCGGGAACAGACUGACUGAAACCCCCACUCCCUGCACCCCUGGGCCGUUCAUGGGGGCAGGAGGUAAAAACACCAGGAUCAGGGCUCUGAGCCCAGGAAGAGGGGAGGAGUGGGGAGAAGGUGGUCUUAAAGGGCUGGUUGGACUCUUCAUCGUUGUACCACUCUGUGUUGUUUUAUUUUGGUUAUGUUUUGGGGUUUUAUGGUUAUUUUAGUUGAUGUUGCAUUAAAUUAUUUUCUGUUUUCUUCUCCAAACCAAGUAGCUUGGUCUGUUUUGUCCUGGACCUUA